CGUACCGGGAGGGGGAGAUGAUCUGGGCCACGGACGAAAACCACACCCGAAUGUUUGGGGACGACAAGUGGCUGUGCGUACUGCUGUUCUUCGGCGGCAUCUGGGCGGAACUGGAGGGGCUACUCAAGGCCGGGGUCAAGGUCAGGAAGGUCCUUUACGUGGACAACGACCCGGUCAGCCGGAGGGUUUUCGGACACCGGCUGCGGGCACUUCACCACGCCUACCCUGAGCAACUACCUGAGCUGGCCUACCACUCCACCGACACAGCACUGCCCUGGGACAUCCGGGACAUCGGCGAACUGGAGCUGGAGCGCCACAUCGGGCGCGAGGCACGGCACCCAAUCGACUUGGUGACGGUGUCUUCGCCGUGCCAGGGCUUCUCCCGGGCCAACCGACAGGCCCGGGGGCUGGAGGACCCGCGCUCAAGCCUUUACCUGGAGGCACUACGCGUGCUGUCAACAAUCCAGCGCCUUCAACGCCCGUGGUCAAUCGAACCUGGCUACAUCUUCGAGAUGGUAGACGCGAGCGACCACGCAAGCCCGCCAGCCCGGUGGGGGUUCCAACAAAUGGAGCUCAUCAAUGGAGGCUACGCCGGCAGCGGCAUCCGGCUUGACGCGGCAAAACUAGGGGCGGCAACCCACCGGACCCGCGUGUUUUGGACAAACUUGGCGCGCGCAACCGACAUCCAGGAGCGAUACAACCAGUUCGACCGCGACCAGGUGUGGGACCGGCUGGACGCCCAGGGCGCACUGGACAAUUUCCGGACAGUACAGCUGGCGGCUCAAGACGACCCCGCAGUACCGGGGUACUACCGUCUCAACGUGAAGGGGGAGCCUCUGCAAGCUUUCCCAACACUGGUGGCGACCCCAAGCUCCUACGCCUUCCGCUUCCAAGCCCCUGACCAACCGGGGCCGGGGAUGGUGUACGACCGCAACGUCCGCGAGUGGCAGGAGCCCAACGCCGACGAACGAGAGCGGAUCAUGGGGAUGCUGCCGGGCUCGACCAGGGGGUACAACAUCCCCGAGUCUGAGCGCCGGAGACUGAUAGGGAGCGCCAUCGACGUCCGCGCAUACACCUGGCUGUGCAAGGAGAUCCGCCGCUGUACCGAACAAGCUGGCGGACCGCCAAAGCAGCGGCACGCAGCUGGGGGGGGGAAAGGACAGGGAACCGGAGAUCCCAAAACGAAAAUCCCUGCAAAAGCCGGAGAGCCGAAGGGAACCGCGGAGAAGCGAGAGGGAAGGAAGAGUGACCAGCCCCAGGGGUUAACCGGAGAAGAGCCCGGGAAGGUCAACCAAGGAGGUGGGGCCCAAACGGCCUUAGGGCCAGGGCAGUCCGAAAGGGCCUUGCCCCCGGAGGGGGGCAAACCACCAACACCCGACCAGGGAGUUCAAGAGCAACGCCGGGAACCUGCCCCGGAGAUCAACAGGGAGAGCCACGAAGGGGAAGAGGGCUUAGAAGAGCUCCACUCCCUGGAGACAGGCGGGAGGCAGCUGGGACCGGAGCUUCAAGCAGCAGCUGUGGGAACAGCACCGGAGGAGAAGGGCGCAAGUCAGUUCGGGGCCAAGGGAGCUGAGAAGCCCUUUGAGUGGGGAGACGACCAGAUAUGGCCGGGAUUGACACCGGAGCAGAACGCAGAGGUGAGGGAAGUCCUGGAGGAGUUCCGGGACAUCUUCGCGUGGUCCAUCUACGACCUGAGCGACACCGCCAUCGAGGGGGUGGAGUUCGAGGUGGACUUCACCGACGACAAGCCCAUUUGGUCCCCCAAACGGCGCUACUCCCAGUACGAGACGGACCUGCUUAAGGCGUACGUGGAGGAGAGGCUGGCCGCCAAGCACAUUGCGCCCCUGAAACUACCCCCGGGCUUCAAGGAGCCGUUUGCAGCGGCCACUGUCAUGCCCCGAAAGAAGGACGCGGAGGGCAACUGGACGGAGCGCCGGAUCUGCGGCGACUACCGGCCCCACAACGACAAGACCGUCCCUGACAAGUACCCAAUGCCGAUUGCGGACGAGCUGUUCGACGAUCUGGGGGGGAGCGAUUGCUUCUCCACGCUGGACCUCCGGAUGGGGUACCACCAGAUCCGGAUCAGGGAAGGGGACCAGUGGAAGCUGGCCUUCUGGAGGCAUGACGACCUGUACAUGCCCCUGCGCACCCCCUUCGGGCCCAAGAACGCGCCCGCGCUCUUUCAGCGUCUGAUGGAUCGCGUACUCCGGGGGCUUCGGGCGGUAGCGCGGGCGUUCAUCGACGACACCAUCGUCCACGCCGAGGAUUCCGGGCCCACCUGGAAGCCCUGCGCGGAGUCUUCACCGAGCUCCGGCGCCACAACAUCAAGGUGCACCCCAAGAAGAUCCGGAUCCUCUUCCCCGAGAUCCCCUUCUUGGGCCACAUGGUCAACCCGGUGGGGCUCAAGCCCCAAGCCGUCAAAGUGGCGGCCAUUCAGCGGAUCCCCUACCCAACCAGCCCCACCGCCAUCAAGCAGUUCCUGGGCAUCGUCAACUACUACCGCAAGUUCCUGGCGGGGUGUAGCGCGGUGUCCCGGCCGCUCAACGACCCGGCUGAAGAAGGACGUGGAGUUCCCGGAGGAGCUGAGCAGCUUGUGCAAAGAAGCGGUGGACCGGCUGAAGGCGAUGCUGUGCGAAGCACCGCUCCUGGUACGACCGGACCCCAAGAAGGAGUUCGAGCUGCACACAGACUGGAGCGCGGCCGGGUGCGGAGCGAUUCUGCAACAACGGGAUGACGCCGGGGAGGAGCGAGUGGUGGCUUAUGCCAGCCGGAGCAACAACAAGGCCGAGAGCAACUACUCCAGCUAUGCCGGAGAGUGCAUGGCUGCGGUGUGGGGAGUGCGCUACUUCCGGGUGUACCUGUACGGGGCGCGCUUCAUCCUCUACACCGACCACCGUCCCCUCGAGUGGCUGAUGACCAACCCCAACCUUACCGGCAUGCACGCGCGGUGGGCCCUGAUGCUGCAGGAGUUUGACUUCGAAGUGCGGUACCGGAAGGGGCUGAUCAACAUGAACGCAGACGGGCUGAGCCGUAACCCCCAGCCAGAGACAGAGGACCCCACCGGAGCACGGAUGCAUGAGGACGUGGCCGGAGGAGGGGACCCAGAGCCGGGAGGGAGGCCAGCAGUAACCUACCUGGCCUGGCAGGCCUGGGCAGCCGACACUCCGGUGCCCCCAGGGGAGGUGGAGUACCUCACUA